CGACCGAGCCAAUCCUACCCACCACCCACCGCCGCAAGGCCACAACACCAGCAACAUGAAGCCCGUCGUAUCCGCCAUGAAUGCAUGGACAUGCAUCGUUGUUUCCGUCUUCGCCAUCGUCAUCCUCUCCGUCAUCGGUGCCUUGUUCAGCUCCAACUCCCGCUCCAUGAUGGGCUCCGAAGAAGACCCCCCCAAUCACGCCGCCGUCGCCACCACCGUCUUCGGCGCCGUCGCCGUCUACGGCCUGUUCCUCGUCUUCUGCGCUUCGCAGGCCCUGCUGCAUUACCGCGAGAGCCGACGGGGGGCCAUUUCGUUGCAGUGAGAUGGCGGGAUGAGCGGUUAUUGGAGGAUGAGCGUAUUAUAGCACAGUAUGCCUAUUUUCGAAGGAGGUUGGGCUCGUUAGAUGGUAUUGCGUCGCGAAAGGCGGAUGGGAUAUCAAAUCGGUUUGGGAUUAGAUGGCGUUUGUGGGGUUAUGGACCGGUGGGCAUAUUAUCUGGGGUACGGAAUGAGUGAUUCAUGGUUCUAGACGCUGUAUAUACCAGAUAUUGAAACUCCAGGGUUGGCAUUGGCGCUCCGCGUACAUCACGAAUGUAAUCUGCAACAUCUGGAGUAGACCAAAUUGAUACUGCAACCUACCUUGAAGUCGUC